UAACCAUUCCAGUUGCACAGACGUGUUCUUUGAAAAUUUGUUUACCAAUACUUUACCAAUAGAGGGCAGCAGAAGCACCUUAACACAGAGAAGCUGUUUGCUAUAGUCAUUAAUGACUAUUACCUAAGUUGCAAGUGUUAUUUAAAAAUGAAUUUUAAUAUCUGCCAUUUUCAGUUAUCCUGUUAGUCAAACACUACUACUGCAAAAUUGCAUUAGCUGAACCACAUGGCUAUUUAAAAUGCCAGUAUUUUUCUGUGUUUAGUUACAUAAAACUCUUUGAUGAUAAUGUAAGUACCCACAUCAUUCCUUAUUAAAACAUAAUUCAAGACCAACCAUUUGCACAGAUAUACCACAACAUUUGUUUGUACCAGAUGUUUGAUCUAAUUUUGAAUCCAUUAAAAACCUCUCCUUUCAUUUCCCCUUUCUCUGCAUGACAAGAUUGAUACUUCUUCAUUAAAUAAGACGGAACACAACACCAUGCAUAUCAUCUCAUUUUUUGUGUUAAUGUUAAAAAUUGUGUUUUGUUACAAAUCUCAAGAAGUUCAGCGUGGAUCUGACGUGUCUUUGCGAUGUGACGUUCCUCUCCUGUCUAAUUCCUCUACUUUGCACUGGGAGAAAGAUGGAGAACAAACACCCAACAGCACUCUGAUGUACAACACCUCUGCCUACAUCAUCUUACACACCGUUGAUGAAAGCAGUGAAGGGAAAUAUUACUGUAGAUUGAUGCAAGAUGGAAGCGUACGAACUGUUAAGAUUCACACACUUAAUGUCACUUCAUAUUCACAGAAUAAAAGGCAUACAAUUUACAGACAAAGUGCCCAUAAUAGUGAUGUAUCACUGAUCUUCAAGGCUAAACAGAACUACCACAGGUUAAGGUGGACAUGGGAACAGAGACCUAAAUCACAGAUUGAUCUGAUAGCUGUAGAAAAAGGAAGAGCAGUUCAAAUAAAAGGACCAAUUAAACCAGGAAGAAAUUCUUUUACUACAUACAGUGGUCAGUUUUUCAUAUUUCACAUCUCACCUGUGAACUUCAAUUAUAGUGGAACAUACAGGUCUAUUACUGAAAAAUCAAUCUACACAAUCACAAUACUACGCACAAUCAGAGUCUCAGUGGAGUCUCCUGAUGGUGUGUUGAGGAUUCAGUCAGUGGAUCUUACCUGUGAAGUUUCUGAAGUAACUGAUUCAGUGACGCUGGUCUGGCUCAGGAUGGAGGGGAACAGAGGAGUGCUGGUCAAACAGCAAAAUAUGACUGAGAAAAACACCAUGUUACGUCUCACAGUGAAUCUAUCCAAAUAUGAAUCAGACCCGCUGCACUGGCAGUGUGCAGUUUUUACUGAGAAUACACUCAGAGCUCUGGCCCCUAUAACAAUCAAUUGUACCUCAUCAAAUACAACUGCUCAAACAGAAAGCUCAACUGUAACAAACCAAGUAAUCAGAAAAGUGUUUUGCUGUGUUUUGACUCUAUUUACUGGGAUUCUGCUUGGAGCUCUAUUGAAUUACUGCUGCAGGAAACGAAAGUCAGUGCACUCUGGCACUCAGGAGUCUGAACCAGUCUAUAUGAAUAUCAACCAUAUGAGACAUGAUAGAGGAAAAGGAAGCAUGAAUAAAAGAGAGGAGAUACCAGUUACAUCAGACAGUUUGACCUACACGACCAUUGUUUUCAACCAAUUCAGGUUUCAGACUUAAAAUAUAACUACAGUCUAUAAUGAAAACCUGAGAAAGACAAAAUUUCAUUUCAUAAUUGUUUUAUUUUUAUAUAUGAACCUCAAACCAAUAUCUCACAGAGAAAGUAUAAACAUUUUCUUUAUUAAACAGCAGAUGGCGCUGUCUUGUCACAUAAGAUAUCAUCUGAGAAUGCAUUUAGAGAUUCUCAGACCUCACUGCAUUCAUUAAACGACGCCCACAAAUAUUAAUCCUACUGACUGAAACUGAAUAAUUGCAUCCUUUUACUAAUGUUGUAUUAAUCACAUUUGUAAAGACAUCAACUAUGCGGCCAAAUAUUAUCAUGAUUUUGCAUUUGUUAUAUUAUAGGUGCCUUCAUAUAUGUGCAUCCAUGCUGUUGAAAUGGCCAUUUGAUGACACUGUUUGAAAACAUUCUUGAAUAAUAAUAAUAAAUUGUAAGUACUAAAAAGGAUAAUGCAGUUACAUCCUCUUCUCUCUCACUCUCUCUGUCUGUCACUUUCAUCCUCCUGGAAUCCACCCAGAACAUGCUGCUUCAUUGUAC